AUGGUUUUAGAUAUGUAAUGCAAUGAAGAGGAAGACAUCUUAGCUCAUAUGUAUUAAAUUUUAAUAUUAAUCAUUAGGGCUUGGAUUCACAAUUAAUCUAUUUUAGUCUAUAAUUAAAAUUUUGAGAUUACCUAUUAAAAUUUUUAUUUAGGAAAACUAAAUAAUCUAUAAAAUAAAGGAGUAAACCAUGAUUAUGAGUAAAUCUUUCUAGAAUCUGUAAUAGAAAUUGGUAGUAGAGAAGUAAAUGAUUUAUUUGGAAAUUCAGAAUUAGACUUAGAUUAAGAAGAGUAUAUCAUUUAUAUAAAUAUAUUAGUUCUUUAAUUUUAGAUAGUACUGUACAUAGUAGAUAUAAGAUUAAAGGUGGAUUACAUAAAAUAAGAUAGAUGAUAGCAGCUUUAUUUAAUAAUUAUUAAAAGUAUUAUUUAAUAAUUAAUUUUAGAUGGAAAUUCUUUACUUUUACUUUGUACAAAAUAAAAAGCAAUGAACUUGAUUUUAGAAAUAUUCAUAUUAAAGUUUUAGUUACAGAAGUGAAAUCAAAGCUUUAUACACUCUUUAUGUUUGAGGCUAUGCAAAAAGUGUCUUCAAAAAGAGUAUUAGAUGAACCACUUCAAUUUUAAAAUGUUUUUUAAACCUUUCUUUCUGAAUCCAACAAUUACAUUAAUGUUAUUCAUCUAUUACUUCUUUUAUGCUCUCAUGAACAUGAAAAGAAUACAGGUAAAAUAUCAAAAGAAUAUUUAAAAUAAAUGAGAAUGAGCACAUAAAAAUUUAUGAUUUUUUUAGGAACCAUGAAAGAUCUAACUCUUUAACUUACAAAUCAAUUGAUUUUUAGAAAUUCAACUUUUAAAUUAGGUGAUAUAUUAGAUGAACUUUAAUUAAUUUAUGAAGAUUGUUUAAAAAUUAAGGAAAUUUCAAUCAUUCCAAUUCUAGAUAGUGAUAUGAUAGUUUUUAAUGAUUCAGAUCGUGUAUAACUAUAUAUUAUAUUUAGACAAAACAAAUUCUGAAAUGUCUUUUCGAAAUAGCUAUUAAAUAUACUGUCACUUCUAAAAUUAGAAUAGAUAUUCAUUAAGUAUCACCAAAUAAUUAUCAAUUUUAAAUUAAAGAUAUUCCCUUUAAAGAAGAAAACUAAAAGUCUUAAUAUCAAACUGUUUUAAGAAACACUGCAUAAUUAAUGAAAACUAAUUGUAAAGAUUUUGACAUGAGUAAUUUAUUGGAAUUGCAAGUAUCAGCAAUUCUAGCCUAUUUACUUUCUGGUUCUCUUCGUAAACCUUUAGAAUUAAGUUUUGAUAAUCAAUUUUAAGGUACUUUUACAUUUACUAUUGAAUCACUUCCAAUAAAUAGUAAACAUGGUUAUCAUGCUUAAUAAAUCAAACCUAAACGUGCAUUUGAAACAUCACUUUCUAUGUUAUUAGCUUAAGCAUAAGAUAGUUCUCAUUAUAAAAAUGAAGAAUCGAAAUAUAUGUCAUUUACUUAAAUAUCAAAAUAAUACUCACUUAAACCAGAUGUCCCAUUUGAUUUAUAAAGUGCUCAUUUCUCAUAAAUAUCCAAAAUAAAAUAGGAAUCUCCUUAAAUAAAACCCUUAGGUUCAUAAGCUUAAAGCAAUUCAGGUGGUACUUAUAAAGUAUAGGAUUCCCUAUUUCCUAAAAGUCUGAACACUAACAAUCCAUCUAAAGUAAUAAAAAGUGAUUCAGCAGUUAAUGAGUCUUCCAAACCUAUGACUAGUGCUUUAGAUUUUGGAGAAAGUACUAAUCCAAAUAUAGAUCCUCCAGAAUUAAGUCCAAAAUUUCUACAUUCUGUAAUAAAGUUCAAAUUAACAAAUUAAUGUUGUUCAAAAGUAAUAAUUGCAGAUAAUGAUUAUUUGAAUGUUUCAGUUCUGUAGAUUCUACUUAAUAAAUAUGAAGUUAAAUCAGAUAAGGCUUUUACACAGUAGUAAACUCUGUAGUUGAUUAAAAAUAAGUCUCUUAAUCCUUGUAGAUGUAAAAAUGGCUCUUAUUUAUUGUAUUUUAUUGAUGCCUCCUUACCAGUAUGUAUUGAACAUAUAUAUAGCAAUCAGCUGUGGAAUUGAUUAGAGAAAUAAAAUAACUAUUUAAAUCAUUUCAAGUAGACAAAGGAUUUAUCAUAGCCAUGGCUAGUUAUAGUGAUAUGGAUUUGAAGUUAAAUUGUUUUAACUCUGGAAUAGAUUAUUUCAUUACAAAACCUUUCGAUUUGUUUGAGUUGACUGCUAUUCUUUAGUAUAUAUAAUUUUGA